AUGGUCCUGCGCAAGCACGAGUUGGAGGCAAAGCUUAAAGAUGACCUCGAGCUAGUCCAGAGCGGGCUGCUGCGCGAUGAGAACCCCCUCGACCUGAGCGACGGCUUCAACGAGCUGUUGCAAGCGUGCCGCCGAGGAGACUUGAGGCGGACUCAGGAGCUCAUAUCAGCUGGCGUAAAUCUGAACGGCAAGGACCGGUUCGACUAUACCCCUCUGAUCAUUGCCAGUCUGUGUGGCCACUAUGAGUUGGUCGAGUUGUUACUUGAGGCUGGAGCGGCAGCAGAGCGGGAUACCUUCCAGGGAGAGAGAUGCAUCUACAAUGCCCUCAAUGACAAGAUCCGGAACUUGCUCCUGAAAUACGACUACUCUAAGUCUACGGAUCCCCUGCAACCUUGGGCGGCUCAUAUUAGCUCUCUGCUCACCAGAUCAGUACCCAAAACCUCCGAUAUUACGCUCAUAGAAGAGUCCGAGUCGUUUGAGCUCCACAAGUUCAUCUUGUCAGCCAGGUCGCCGUACUUCCAGAAGAAGCUCACAGAGGCUCCGGAAACAGCCACCUGGAAGCUACCUCAUUCAAAACCGAUUGACUCCUUUCGAGUUGUGCUGCGGUAUCUGUAUCUAGGCCAGGUCCCCAAGGAGAUAGUCGAUGCACGGAGCAGCAACACGGAGGAGGAGGUUUUGACAGGAAUCGACAAGGUCAGCAAGCAGUUGGAGAUUCCCAAACUGUGGGAGGCCAUUCUCUCUGGCAACGAUCGACGGCUAGCCCGGCAGAGACACCAGGAUGAAGUCAGCCGAGCUCAGGAACAGAUCGAAGGCUUCUUCCGAGAGAAGGUCAUCGGGCACAAAAUGACCGUGGAUACCCGGAAGGUGAGCGAGGUAAAGUGGCAACACGACAACUCCAUCUUCGCCGACUGCCUAUUGCGUGCCGAUGAGGAGGAAGGCAACGAAGAGGAGCAGGAACAGGAACAUCAAGAGCAAAACAGCAUUCCUAUUGGCCCCGGUGCUCAGUCAUCACAGCAGACUGGCACCCAAAAGCCCAAGAAAUCCAUCAUAUAUCCUGUUCACAAGGCAAUGCUGAUCCGGAGCCCCUAUUUCGAGACUAUGUUCUCCAGUCAGUUUCUCGAGGCUCAGGAGUCCGAGCACUUACAUGUUAUCAAGGUGGACUGCAUACCCGAGGUUCUUGAGAUCGUCCUCACCUUCCUGUACACUGAAAAGGUUGAUUGCCCCCUGGAGCUCGGUCUUGACCUGCUCUACGCAUCCGACAUGCUGUUUCUCGACAAGUUGAAAACCAAAGCCGCUGUGGCAAUCAGCUCGCUUGGGAGCGGUAACAACAAUGUUUUGAUGGACAGGACGCAUGGCUCCGACGGUGAAAAAGUCGAGAUCGAAGUCGAGCUCAUCAAUGUCUACGAUGUUGUCCACGCCGCUUGGGACCUUCGAGUACAGCGUCUCGAAGAGUUUGCAGAACGGUAUAUCGCAUACAGGCUAGAGGACUACAUCGACGAAGAGGAGUUCGCCGAGCUCGUCCAGGAGAGUGCAGCGAGGAUCAAGAACAGAGAAGAGACGGACACAAUUGAACUGCUCGACGACAUUCGAUACUACCUAGGGGAGCGCUUUAGACUUCGCUUCGAGGACGCGGGGCUAGACGAGAUGCUGGAUGAGACCGGAGAGAUCGACGAAGCAGCGGUUGAGGCAUUGAGCUUGCAAGCAGACGCCCUCAAUCUCAAUAGCAUGACCCAGUCUACCAAAGACGGCCUGGGGCACAGACAGGAGACAGCUCCUACAGACAUGAAGCCAGCAGAGGUCACGGGGAAGGCCAAGACGGAGGUAGAGGGACCUGGUCAGUUAGACGGUGCCGUCAGGACGCUAGAUGGCGAACUCGUCGGUGACGAGUUCGCCGCGGACGCCAUCAACUACCAGGUGUUACUCCAUAAGAUCGACGUCAUGUUAGAGAACCUCAAGCUAGACGCAUAG